GCACCACCUUUGGGGCCACCACCAUCUUUGGGGCCACCACCACCAUCUUUGGUUCCACCACCAUCUUUGGGGCCACCAGCACCACCUUUGGGGCCACCACCCCCACCCAUGGGGCCACCACCCCCCGGCGAGGACCUUCCCUCUGACAUCGUGGACUUUGUCCUGAAGAACACGGCGGGGGGUGGUGGCACCAAGGGGACAACGGGGGGGGACGUCAACAGAGGAGGUGGCACCUCGUGGGGCACCCCCCAGGAGGUGGGAGGAGGUGGUGGUGGCACCCAUAGGGACGUGGUGGGUGGCCUCUGUGGGCGUCACCGAGGAGAUGGCAACCACGGGGACCUCUUUGGUGGCCAUGGUGGCCCUGGAGAUGGCACCUGUGGAGAUGGCACCCAUGGAGGUGGCACCCAUGGAGAUGGCACCCACAGACACGUCCUUGGUGGCCCUGGAGACGUCACCCAUGGAGAUGGCACCCAUGGACAUCUUCUUGGUGGCCUUGGAGAUGGCACCCGUGGAGAUGGCACCCACAGACACGUCCUUGGUGGCCUUGGAGACGUCACCCAUGGAGAUGGCACCCACAGACACCUUCUUGGUGGCCUUGGAGAUGGCACCCGUGGAGAUGGCACCCAUGGACACGUCCUUGGUGGCCCUGGAGAUGGCACCCAUGGAGAUGGCACCCAUGGACACCUUCUUGAUGGCCACAGUGGCCCUGGAGGUGGCACCCAUGGAGGUGGCACCCAUGGGCACCUUCUCGGUGGCCUUGGUGGUGCCACCCACAGACACCUCUUGGGUGGCCACAGCACCCACGGAAACGCCACCCACAGUCACCUCGUCCCCCGCGGAGAUGCCACCACCAACGGCCACCUCCCCCACCUCAACGGCACCCACUGGGUGUCACCCUGGGGACCCCCCGGGGCACCCAAACGUCCCGGGGACCCCCUGGGCCCUGGGGGCAAACGGGCGCGGCUGGAGGACAACGGCGAGGACAAGGGGGACGGCGGGCCGGGCCGGGUCCCGCUGCCCCAACCCCGGGAGGUGGUGGACGUCAAAGAGGAGGAGCCCGAUGACGUCAGCGACAGCGGGAGCUUCGGGUGA